UGUGACAUUUAAGUGUAAGGCGCAAAAUCUUUGGCGCCACAAAAAGCCGAUUGAAGAAAAUACCCAAAAAAAUCCCAAGCAACAGCAACAACAAAAGCAAAAUUCGACUCAUUUUCAAUAAAACAUUUUUUGGGCACACACCAAAAACGGCAAAGUAACUAAAAAACCCUGAAUUUACGACCGCACCGUAAUUUUUGAAAACAAUGGACAAGCAAUCGGACAUGGACCUUACCAAAGUGUACGUUGUACGCUCCGCCAAAGGCGUCGACAUGCUAUGCGUCGACGAUUAUCUCUAUCAUUUCGAUCGCAUUGGCAAAAACAAUACAUAUCGCUGGCUCUGCAAUCGGCGCAAGGAUAAGGUGACGCCCUGUCGCUCCCGCAUCUCGACCAUGAUGCCCGACUCCAUGGACAAGACGACGCACGUCGUCGUCGAUGUCAUCCAGGAGCACGUGCAUCCGCGCUGCAGCGAUCACGAAAUCACAAAAGUCACCCAACGCAAGCGUCUCUCCAACAUGAAAAUGAACGACGCCUACAGCACCACACAGCCGAAACGAGCCCGUUUGUACGAACGGGCAACGGCGGGUCUGAAUCCACCCGAAUGGAUCAGCACCAACAGAGAUAGCGAGUCAAUCAAUGAAUACUCCUUUCACCUGGACUUUGAGGACAAGGAUCGGGUUUAUAUGAUGCGUCGUCGCGAUGGACGUGUGAUGGUCUGUAUCGAUGGUCAUUUGUAUUAUCUGGCGGGGAAGUCGUACAAGGGCAGCAUAUACCGUUGGACGUGUGUGCGGAAACGGGACAUUGAGUGCACCGCCAAGAUCUGUACGGAGGCGACGCUGGCUGGUGCACAUCGGCUGCAUGUGAUGGAGACGGAUGCGCAUAUACAUCCGCACUAUUCGGCCGAUAAGCUAAUGCAAAUGUUCUCCAGGCAUCAGAUACUGCUCGUCGACGAUGAGCAGACGGUUGAGGUGCUCCAAGAGUGCCCCAACUUGGAGUACUUUGAUCCCGAUAUCAGUUCGGAGUCACAAAGAGGCGCUGAUGAUGACACGUCCAUUAUUAUUGAAGACUGCGAGGAGAACUACGAGGUGUACGUAAAUAUGGAAGGCGAAACAGCCGGCGAGACUGUGCUCCCCGAUCAGGAUCAGGGGCAACAGCAGCAGGAGACGACAUCGAUGGUAGAUGACGAAAUCAAAUGGCCAACUGCCGUGGAUAUCAUUGAUCAUUAUGUGGCACCCGCUGACUAUGAUCCACUCAGCGAAACCGAUCUGACCAAGUUCACAUUCCUGCCAUCGGCAAAGGGUCGCCGUGUGCUCUGCUUGGAUCGGCAUCUCUUUCACUUUGACUCGCAGAGUCGCUCCAAUGGCCACAUGUUCUUUACGUGCAUAAUGCGGCGCGAUAAGCAGCAAAUCUGUCACGUGCGCGUCACCAUGAAUCCCGUCGAGAACGGGCUGGAGGUGUUGCGCAUCAAUGGUGAGCAUACGCACAAGCCCGAUCUGCAGGAGAUAAUGCGUCGCAUCAAGCAACAAAAGCAACAGGAGAAGCUCCAAUCGGUGACCAAGACUGGCGACCUCAAGCCGGAGCAGCCAUCACUUGGCAGUGGCAAUGAGGACAUUGAAUUCGAGAGUCAAGAUGAGGAGGACGAGCACGAAGCAAUUACUCAGCACGAGAGCAGCUAUGAGAAUCUGAAGGAUCACUCGUCAUCCUCCGCGGAACGGAAUGUGGUCAUGAAAAAGGUCAUUGGCAUCGAUGGCAUCAAACUGGAGCCGGAGCAGUCCAAGGCCGCUCCAAUGAUUGUGCAGUAUUUGAACGAUGGAGCGGACAACAUUAGCGCCCAAAUUGAGAUACUAUCCACGGAUCAGCCCUGCACAUCUACGUCGAAGCCGCAACUGACCAAUUUGCGCAAGCGUCGCACGAAUCCACAGCAGGCGCUGAACACCACACAGACGCCAACGGUGCCCUCCGACAUGGAUCUGACCAAAAUCUGCACUCUCCGCUCGGCGAAGGGCAGCGAAAUGCUUUGCGUCGAUGGUUACAUCUAUCAUGCAAAGAAUCGUGGCCUUAUCUCACGCAAUUAUUGGGUGUGCAUCAAAAGCCGUGACUCGGAGAUCAAUUGUAAGAGUCGCAUAUCGACAGCUACUCAAAAAGAUGGCUCCAUUCGCGUUCUGCGCGUCUACAACAGUCACAGUCAUCCGUACAGCGAGGAUGACAUCAAACGGCGGCUCUUCAACGAGAUCAACAAGAAGAACAAUAAGAAGCUGAAAUUCCGGCCGUUGCAUUUCAUUGGCAAAUCCCUGGAGCAAAUCAAGCAGGAGUAUGGUGAUCUGGCCGUCGAGCGGCUCAACGUAUCCAAUCUGACCGAUGGCAUCGUUGUCCACAAGAAGCCACGCAACAGCAGCAGUAACUCAACGGCAUUCACAGUUGCAACAACAGCAAGCAGAAACAAGCAGCGGGGUGAGGAGCUGCUUGUUGCCACGCAAAAACUGCAGCCACACGAGGCGCAAGAGCACGAACAGCACUACUUUGACGAGGACGUUGUCGUCGAGGAGGAGGAGGAAGGCGAAGAUGUGGCCUUAAACGAGGACAGUCAGUUUAUGACCGUUGAGGAGGACAACACGGAUGCGAUUAUCGAAGUGGUCGAAGAAGUGGCUGAAAUGGAACACUAUGGCACCAUUGAGCCAAUUUACACGAUGAAAUUGUACGCCGUAUCCGAUGGACCGCCCUCGUUGGCCGUACGCAUGACCCUCAAGGCGCUGGACAUACAAUAUCAGCUCAUCAAUGUGGACUUCUGUGCGCUGGAGCAUCGCACCGAGGACUAUGCAAAGCUGAAUCCGCAGAAGGAGAUACCUGUGCUAGACGACGAAGGCUUUCAUCUGUCAGAGAGCAUUGCGAUUAUGCAAUAUCUGUGCGAUAAAUAUGCACCGCUAUCGACCCUGUAUCCCGAGGAUCCCAAUGAGAGGGCAUUGGUCAAUCAACGUUUGUGCUUUAACAUGAACUUCUACUAUGCCCCCAUCUCGGCACACAGUAUGGCGCCCAUCUUCUUUGCGUACGAGCGCACGCCGAUGUCCCUGAAGAAGGUGGAGAACGCGCUGGAUGUGUUUGAGACGUAUCUGCAGCGUUUGGGCACCAAAUAUGCGGCUAGUGACAAUGUGACCAUUGCUGACUUUGCCCUGGUAUCGUCGACACUCUGCCUGGAGGCGAUUGACUUCGAUUUGACGUCAUAUCCACUGGUGCAGAAAUGGUACGCCACAUUCAAGGCAGAGUAUCCGAAUUUGUGGCAGAUCGCCAACAGCGGCAUGCAGGAGAUAAAUGCCUUCGAGCAUAAUCCCCCAGAUCUGUCCCAAAUGGACCAUCCCUUCCAUCCCACCCGUAAAUCCAAGGCCUAAGUCUACGGGUCGAAUUUAUUUUAGUUUUAAGUUCAUAAGCAGCAUUUAUGCCAGCAAUUAUUAAUUGUCAUAUAUAUACAUAUAUAUUUGUGGAUACUUUCAAAUAACACAACACGGUUUUUUGUGUCCCAUUAUUUUUUCUUGCUUGUAAACACUUUACACAGAAUAAAA